UACAUAUGCAAUGGCAGCCCACUUUCCCUACUCAUUUGCACAACUCUCGUUUUUUCUGCAAAAUCCCCCAAAUCUAAACCUAGCAAAAAUAUCCUCGUCAAUGGCGAAUGCGGAAGCGGAGGCCCUCGAUUUCGAGCCGGAGGAGGACGAUCUUAUGGACGAGGACGUAGGCGACGGCUCCCCCAACCGAGCCACCGCUCCUCGCCUGAAGUCCGCCAUCACCGGCGGCGGCUCCGCUCCGAAGAAGACCAAGGGCCGCGGGUUUCGCGACGAGGCCGCUGCUGAAGCUGACCGCAAUGCUCGCAUGUCUGCCCCCUUCGAUUCGCUCGAUUCAGAAGGCGGCCCUGGCCCCGAACGAUCUAUUGAAGGAUGGAUUAUUCUGGUUACUGGAGUUCAUGAAGAGGCUCAAGAGGACGAUCUACAAAAUGCGUUUGGUGAUUUUGGAGAGAUAAAGAAUUUACACUUGAAUCUUGAUCGUCGUACGGGUUUUGUCAAGGGCUAUGCUCUAAUUGAAUUUGAGAAGUUUGAGGAGGCACAGAGAGCCAUAAGCGAGAUGGAUGGAGCUGAACUCCUAACCCAGAUCAUGAAUGUUGACUGGGCGUUCAGCAAAGGUCCAUUCAGAAGAAGGAACAUCAGGAGGAGAUCACCUCGGGGCCAUCGGUCCAGGAGUCCAAGGAGGAGAUUCUGAUCAUGGCGGCAUGUGAGAGCUUUUGGGGCUUUGCUCUAGAGUGAAGAUACCAAUGUGAAUCUUUGUUUAACUCACAAUUGUGUACGAUUGCUGUUUCUGCUGGCAGUUUUUUGUUCAUUGACACUUCUUUUUUAUGACGUUAGGCUUCUUCAGAUUGCUCAUCCUGGCUUGCUAUUUUUAUAAGUUGGUGGUACUCUAUUUGAAGAAUGUUCCAAUGUUGUGUUCUUAUUGGUUCCUAUCAGUGUAUUCAGUUUACUUUUUUUUGUUGGUA